AUAAUUUUCACAAAAUGGUGGCCUCGUGUGUGAGCCUAUCGCAAGUACUUAGCUGGCUGUUCUAUAUGGUUUCUUGGUUACUUGCAGUGUCCUCAAGCCUUCAUGACCGACAACUCUGCAGCGGAAAAGGCAGCCUUGAAAGCUGUUUGGCCCCAAGGAAAGCAGCUGCUUUGCUUCUUUCACGUUGCACAAGCUGAGUGGAGAUGGCUCACGGCAGCUCGCAACAACAUCAGCGGAGAGCAGAGGAGACGUUUUAUGUCAGCAUUUCAGCAGAUCAUGUAUGCUGACAGCCCCGAAAAGCUGGAAGAAGCCAUCAAGAACCUUCAAGAGAGCUGUCAUACAGCCUACUUAGCACGUGUUGAAGCAUUUUUAGAGCAGAAAGAACAGUGGGUUCUGUUGUAUCGCACCAAAUUGAGAACACGUGGCCACAAUACUAACAACUUUGCGGAGGCUUCUAUACGAAUCCUGAAGGAUAUCGUUCUCUCUAGAACAAAGGCGUUCAAUGCUGUAGCGCUAGUGGAGUCAAUUGCAGAGGUGUGGGAGCUGUACUUUAAGAACAGGAUCCUAAAGCAUGCAAACAGCCGUGUCCCUGCACACCAGCUGCUGUAUGACAGCCUCCUAAAAAAGACACCUGAAGGCAGUGAAGCAUCAGUGACUUCGCUUGGAGAGAACUGUUUUUCUGUGGCAAGUUUCCAAAAAAAUGGCGAAAUGUAUGAAGUGUGUGGCGACAUUGGCACGUGCACAUGUCCGGCUGGAUGCACAGGUGCCUUUUGCAAGCACCAGGCACUUGUGCACAAGAUCUUCGGCGGAAUUUUCCCCAAUUGCCCAGCGCUAGCAAUUCAGGACCGCCAUGAAUUGGGAAAGCUUGCCCUUGGAGAUGCGUGCCCAAGCAUAGAGUUUUUUGCCAACUCCCGGGACACCAUCAAUUUUCACGGUGAGCAGGACGACCCAGUGACUGAAGAUGAAAUGCCUGCUGCUACUCUGCCCCAGGAUGAAGAGAGGCCAGGCUCUCAACCUGUUCUUGCCACAGAGCCAUGUGCAUCAACAUCAGGCCUUGAGCAGCAAGACAUUGAGGAUGCGGACAACAACCUUGAAGCCCUCUUUGAGCAGCUGCGGCAGAUUCAUGCAGAGGAGAAAGGCAAUGCAGCGUACAGAAGGCACCUCCUUAGUGGCACUAAACGCCUACGCAGACUGCAGGAACAGAAGCGUGGUGUUGGUGCCAUGAUGGCAAUGGAUGCCGCUUUAGGCCUCGAGUUACGUCGUGGACGGUAUAUUAAAGUGCAGCCUACAGCAAUUUCAAGACGACGUCCAGGGCUGACUAGAGGCUCCAAGCGAGUAGCCGCAGGACGACCACCGAGUGGCCCUUCACCUAAGCGGGCAAAGAAGAGGCGCCAUUCGCUGCAGCACAGUGUAAGCCAGAACAUUCCACAUGCGAAGUUGCAUGGCUAUGGCCAUUGACAGGAGCUCUAGGGACUGCCUGAAGAUGAAUGAUACUCUAGCUAUUGCUAGCUAGUGAUGCUCUAG